GCCAGGUGAAUCGAAUCCGAACUCUUUACGUUCCGAAGAAAAAGGCUACGAAGCUUUAACCUCAAAGAACCUUGUAUCCCAUCAGGAAAUGUACUCUGUUAUCCUGUACUUUUAUGUUCAAAGGGCGGAUUAUUUUGAUGGUUAUACGCAUUGGAGGUUGCUCCUGGUUUAACUCAAUUCUAAGGCUCCCCUGGGUAUCCAAUCAUAUUAAUGAAGACCUUGAAGAGUUUCAACACUGCCAUUCUAACCCAUUACAUUCAGAGGAGCCUUGAAUAGUAGCGUUUCAGCACCAUACAAUGGACAGCUCCGAGUUCUCAAUUGACGUCUCUCAACAUUGAACCUGCUUUCAGCGUCCAGCGACCAGCACAGUGGUUAACUUUAUUUGAGUUAUUUUAUUUACAUCAGUCGACGGUCUGCUUCUGUGUUUAAUUUAGUAAUUUUAGGUCAAAUAAAUGUUGCCAGUCUCCAUUGGACGAGCCAAACAGGAUUUCCAUUAAGUUGAGGAAAGGGACGUCCUCAUCCUUCACACUAGUGCUUGAAAAACAGAACGUGUUCAAGACAACGAAGUUACGAAAAAUAAAUAAUAAUCAAAAACUGUAACUUUUUUUUUUUACUUUUUCUGCCGUGUUAAGAAUGGAAAUCGUUUUACCAAGACUGUUCUCUAAGAGGAAUACGAUUUUCUGCUGUUUCAUUUUAUGUAAGUCAAUUUCCUGCCAGGAAAGGACCCACUCCCAUGCUGAAGAAAACCUCUUCAAGGAUCUCUUUGUCGGUUAUAACAGGUGGCCCAGGCCAGUCCGUAAUAUUUCUGAUGUAGUAAUUGUCAAGUUUGGGCUCUCCAUUGCACAGCUUAUAGAUGUGAAUGAAAAGAAUCAGAUGAUGACAACCAAUGUUUGGCUCAAACAGGAGUGGAACGACUACAAGCUGCGAUGGAAUCCUGCAGAUUAUGACAACGUCACAUCGAUUCGGGUCCCCUCUGAAAUGAUCUGGGUGCCAGACAUCGUACUGUAUAACAAUGCAGACGGGGAGUUUGCAGUGACUCACAUGACGAAGGCCCACCUGUUCUACACAGGCAUGGUACAGUGGGUGCCACCGGCCAUCUACAAGAGCUCGUGCAGCAUCGACGUGACAUUUUUCCCCUUCGACCAGCAGAACUGCAAGAUGAAGUUCGGUUCAUGGACCUAUGACAAAGCCAAGAUUGACCUGGAGCGCAUAGAGAUGAACGUGGACCUGAAGGACUACUGGGAGAGCGGAGAAUGGGCCAUCAUCAAUGCUGUGGGCACCUACAACACCAAGAAGUAUGACUGCUGCCACGAGAUCUACCCGGACAUCACCUACUUCUUCAUUAUCCGCCGCCUCCCGCUCUUUUACACCAUCAACCUCAUCAUCCCCUGCCUCCUCAUCUCCUGCCUGACUGUGCUGGUCUUCUACCUCCCCUCUGACUGCGGUGAGAAAAUCACCCUGUGCAUCUCUGUGCUGCUCUCCCUCACUGUCUUCCUCCUCCUCAUCACCGAGAUCAUCCCCUCCACCUCCCUGGUGAUCCCCCUGAUCGGGGAGUACCUGCUCUUCACCAUGAUCUUCGUCACCCUCUCCAUCGUCAUCACCGUGUUUGUGCUCAAUGUCCACCACCGCUCACCCAGCACCCACAAAAUGCCCAAAUGGGUUUGCACCGUCUUCCUGGACUUCAUCCCCCGCUGGCUCUUCAUGAAGCGCCCGGCCCCGGACAAGAAGGACCACCGCUUCCUGCAGCAGCACCAGCGCAGCCAGUCAGGUGAGUUCAAGCUCAGCACCUCCAAGUACUGGCUGGAGACUGACGUGGACUACAAGCUUGAAGACACCGAGCUGGGCUUGCCCUCCUUCUCCCCAGCUCCAACUGCCCCUGCCCGCCAGCCCGCAGGUGUCCUCUCUCCCCAUAACCACCCCCUUCACCACCGGCUGGACAGGACCACUCGCCACCUGGGGGGCAGAGUGAACCCCACACAGCGCCCUGCCAAGAUAGACAACCUGGUGUCGGACUUCAGCUUCCCGUUGUCGCCCAGCAUCCUUCGAGCUCUGGAGGGCGUGCACUAUAUUGCGGACCACCUCCGUGCAGAGGACGCCGACUUCUCGGUGAAGGAGGACUGGAAAUACGUUGCCAUGGUGAUCGACCGGAUAUUCCUCUGGAUGUUUAUAAUCGUGUGUUUGCUGGGGACCAUUGGACUCUUCCUUCCUCCAUGGUUGGCUGGGAUGAUUUAGACUUUGUUAUUUUGUUUUUUAAAGACUUUACACAACCAAGGGUGGCAUGGCCAUUAACCCCGGUGAACAAAUUGUGACAGGAUACAAAAUGGAAGAGCAAGUGUCUGCAGUGAGGAGGAGAGCUGAUUCUUCACCACGAAGAAAGGGGUCUGCUUCAGCACUGCUGACACUGACAAGGAUGUGAGCUUCUGUCUGAACAUAAAUACAGCUGUUCCUCCUUAUUCUGGACAGUUUAAUCCCCUGGUAUUGCUGCCAUUGGUACUGUACUGCUGUUAUGGUGAAUUGACUAUUUUUAAAUGCAACAAUGUACUGUACAAUAAAAAGGUACAUAAUACUGGUGUACAGCUUACUGAUGAUGUUUGUAAAUAUAUAGAGAGUGUUCUUGUUUAAAGACUGUAAGAAAAUUAUUUAUCAUAGGCACAACAUAUUAGGUUGCAACAGCUUUCCCAAGUAGCAAACAUAAAGCCACAACCCGAAGCCGAAAUGAUACGCAAAUAUGAUAUUUCCCUGGAAAGUAAAUUAGCAGGGCAUUGAAAAACCUUCCAUUACAGUAAGUCAACCGUCUAGCAGGUUUCUUUAGCAUGUGCAGAAUGAGGGCAGGAGGUAAUCAGUGUACCACUAUUGCAGGGUAAGAUAAAACACCCAGCUGAGGUGCAGGACUUACAAAGAGCCAGGCAAUCUGCACAGCGGCUUUCUUCUCUAGAAUGCCAAGCAUUUAAUUUUGGUGCUACAAAAACAUAAGCAGAAAUAAUCUGGCUGCAUUAUGAAGCAAUGUGAUGCAUGUUAAGGAGCUGAAUCACAUGACAUGUGACUACAGUAUAUAAGACUUAUUGGUGUCAGGUCUUAGUCAUUUGACUGUAAAAGCAAAUAUUUAUUCGCACUUUAAAAGGGGCAUAAUAGCAGGUUAUAAGUCAGACUAUCUUCAGUCCGGUCUGCAACUGCAGUCAAAAGUCAAGAACCACUGUGUCAGUCUUUAUGCUAACGUCCCAGGAGACCACCACUGAUUGGAGUCACUGGCUUGAGCUAUACAUUUCCAGUGUUCUGGCUAGACCCUCAUUCAUCUUCUGAUUGGCCUUCACAGUUUUAGGUCUGGAACGGAUUGGUUUAUUUCAUGCACAGGGCGCUUCUAUGUUUUCUGGGUAACUAAAAAGUUGCUUUAAAUUACAUUAACCCAUCCUCUCCACUUUUUAAUACAUUUUUGUUCUCCGCUAUUAGUAUAGACUUUAAACAUGGGAAGCGUGCUAUGUCACAACAAAGCAAUGCAAUGCAAUGCGAAGCAACUGAUUUUCACGAGAAGUUAUAUGAGG